AUGUAUUUAGUGAGUGUUUCUGUGAAAUCGAGGAAAGUUACAGUAAAGGGAAAAUAUGGCGAAUUAUCAAGAAGUUUUACUCAUUUACCAAUAGAUUUAUCAUUGUCUAAGGAUAAAAAGUCAGUGGUGGUGAGACUCUGGUUUGGCUCAAGAAGUAAAAUCGCCGCACUUAGGACAUGUCUGUCACAUAUCGAGAACAUGAUGACAGGCGUUAGUAGGAAGUACCAAUACAAGAUGAGACUUGUUCACGCCCAUUUCCCCAUAAACUCAAACGUUAGCGAUGACGGAAAGGUCGUUGAGAUUAGGAACUUCUUGGGUGAAAAGAAGGUCAGAGUUGUGAGAGUCCUCCCCGGAGUUAACGUCAGAAAGUCAGAAGCCGUCAAAGAUGAACUGGUCUUGACUGGAGUUGAUGUCGAGUCAGUCUCACGUUCAGCAGCUUUAAUACAUCAGUCAUCACUGGUCAGGAAAAAGGAUAUUAGACAAUUCCUUGAUGGCAUUUACGUUAGUGAAAAGGGAAACGUUGAUGAAGCUUAA